CUACAGGCACUGGGAACUUGCAAGCAGCCAGGGACCGCUGAAAAUAGCACUUCUUUUUCUUUCUUUGUGUUCAAAACUAUUUUCUUUCUUCACCAGAUUUUGUUUUCCUCCCCCCGCUGCAGUUGUUUCCCAUUAGUAACUCGAUCUCUCAGAGCAGUAAGAUUCUCUAGCCUUCGCCUCCUUUCCCCUCCGCCCGUGUUUGUUUGUUUUCCGCACAUCUCCUUCAGGGAGCCGCUGGGGCUUUUUCUCCCCCCUUCUUCUUUUUUCCUUUCCGAGCAGACCAAUUUCCACUCCGUCUGCCUCUUUCUUUCUUCUUCCCUCUCGCCCCCUCGCCCUCUGUCCCCGAGCGUCUCCGCAGCCCCCCAUCGCGCCGCCUCUGCGGUCCCUGCUUCUCCUUCCCUCGGAUGAGCUGAGAGCCACGGGAGUGUGUAUAUGGAAAUAGUGGGGUGCCGAGCAGAAGACAACUCGUGUCCUUUCCGCCCCCCAGCCAUGCUCUUCCACGGGAUCUCCGGAGGCCACAUCCAAGGCAUCAUGGAGGAGAUGGAGCGCAGAUCCAAGACCGAGGCCCGCCUGGCCAAAGGCGCCCAGCUCAACGGCCGCGACGCGGGGAUGCCUCCGUUGAGCCCUGAGAAGCCCGCCCUGUGCGCCGGCUGCGGGGGCAAGAUAGCCGACAGGUACUACCUGCUGGCCGUGGACAAGCAGUGGCACCUGAGGUGCCUGAAAUGCUGUGAAUGUAAGCUGGCCCUCGAGUCCGAGCUCACCUGCUUCGCCAAGGACGGUAGCAUUUACUGCAAGGAGGACUACUACAGAAGGUUCUCUGUGCAGAGAUGUGCCCGCUGCCACCUUGGCAUCUCCGCCUCCGAGAUGGUCAUGCGCGCCCGAGACUCCGUCUACCACCUGAGCUGUUUCACCUGCUCCACCUGCAACAAAACCCUGACCACGGGCGAUCAUUUUGGCAUGAAGGACAGCCUGGUGUACUGUCGUGCCCACUUCGAGACCCUCUUGCAAGGGGAGUAUCCACCUCAGCUGAGCUACACCGAGCUGGCAGCCAAGAGCGGCGGCUUGGCCCUGCCUUACUUCAACGGCGCUGGCACCGUGCAGAAGGGGCGGCCCCGGAAGCGGAAGAGCCCCGCGCUGGGGGUGGACAUCGUCAGUUACAACUCAGGUUGUAACGAGAAUGAGGCCGACCAUCUGGACCGAGAUCAGCAGCCUUACCCGCCCUCGCAGAAGACCAAGCGCAUGCGCACCUCCUUCAAGCAUCACCAGCUCCGGACCAUGAAAUCCUACUUUGCCAUCAACCACAACCCGGACGCCAAGGACCUCAAGCAGCUUGCUCAGAAAACAGGCCUGACCAAAAGAGUUUUGCAGGUUUGGUUCCAAAACGCACGAGCCAAAUUCAGAAGGAACCUUUUGCGGCAGGAGAAUGGGGGUGUUGAUAAAGCUGAUGGCACGUCGCUUCCGGCCCCGCCCUCAGCAGACAGCGGCGCGCUCAGUCCACCCGGCACUGCGACCACUUUAACAGACCUGACCAAUCCCACUAUCACUGUAGUGACAGCCGUGACCUCUAACAUGGACAGCCGCGAAUCCGGAAGCCCCUCGCAAACUACCUUAACGAACCUUUUCUAACAUUGGUGUUUUUUUUUUUUUAAUUCUUCCUCUUCUUUUUAUUAUUAUUCUAAUGAUUAUUUUAUUAUUUACAAGACUUUUUUUUUUUUUUUUCCCUAACCCACAAGAUACUUGGGAAAUAAAAACAACAGCUUGGUGUGUAGCCUCUGCAGCCACUUGGCAAAUGAGUUUACAGUAUUGUCUCCUUUACAAAGUGUAUUUUUUUUUGUCUACAAAGUGUAUUUGGAUUUAAAAAAAAUUAAUUAGAUCUUUCAGUCGGUAAGGGGAGUUUGGGAAUCAUUCUAAUAAGUGCCUCUUAAAAUUGUAUGUUACUUAUUUCCAGAAUCUCGAAGAAAAAAAAAAGAGUGGUAUUAUGAUGGGCAAAUAAUCAUAUUCCCGGUUAUAUAAUUAGGUUAAUAAAGAAUCAGAUAAUUAUUAAAAUUAUUUUUUUAAUCUUGCAAUUGUACGUGUACUUAUGGAAUUUUGAAAAUUUCAUAUUGUCUUUUUUAAAAUGGAAAAAACAUGUUUUGAUUAUUCCUUUUUUUUUUUUACAAUUGAGGAAUAUGGUUAAACAAGAGCAUUAAGGAUAGCAAAUCUAAAUAUUAAGGAUUAAUUAGGUGGGAAA